AUGUUCAGAAAAUUUACGAAGGAAGAUGUCCACUCAAGAUCGAAGGUGAAAUCUUCGAUGCAGAGAACUUUGAAAGCAAAACUUGUGAGGCAGUACCCAAAAUUGGAGGAUGUCAUUGAUGAAUUAAUACCUAAAAAAAGUCAAAUUGAACUGAUAAAGUGUGAAGAUAAAAUUCAAUUGUACACUGUUGAUGGCGAAGUGUUUUUCUUCCAAAAAUUUGACGAACUGAUUCCUAGCUUGAAACUCGUUCACAAAUUUCCGGAUGCUUACCCAACUGUCCAGGUUGACAGAGGUGCAAUCAAAUUUGUUCUAUCUGGCGCUAACAUAAUGUGUCCAGGUUUAACGUCAGCUGGGGCGAAACUCCCACCCGCUCCUGGAUACGAAAAUGACACUAUUGUUGUAAUCAAUGCGGAAAAUAAGGUGAGCGCCAUGGCAGUAGGAAAGUUGAUGAUGAGUACAGAGGAAAUAAAGUCUAUCAACAAAGGGCACGGAGUCGAAAUGAUUCAUCAUUUGGAUGAUCCUUUAUGGAACUUUACCGUAGAAUAA